CUCUGCCUCUCUAUGUCUCUCUCUUUCCAAACUUCCCCACAUUCCUCCUCCCACUCUUCUCCAAUGGAUUCUCACCGUCUGAUGGUUUCUCUGCUAAUCUUCUUCACAUACUUCACCCUUCAGUCAGCAAAACAAACCCUAACCCCAGAAGAUAGCAGGCUCUCCUUCUUCGACACGAGCUCCGGCUUGAGGAACUUGAACACCCAACAGAACAACCAAACAUCCUUGAAUCUACUCCUUGGAACGUCGUCCUUGGACUCAUGCUUGAGUCGAUGCGACAUGUCCUGCUGCUCCGGGCCAUGCUCUGAGGAAGUCCUCACCAUAGCGAGGAACCCCGAGAUGGGAAGCUGGUUGAGGAACAUAAGGAGGAGGAUACACGAGAACCCCGAGCUCGCUUUUGAAGAAGUCCAGACGAGCAAGUUGGUUAGGAAAGAGCUGGAUAGGAUGGCGAUCGAAUAUAAAUACCCGAUGGCCAAGACCGGGAUUCGGGCAUGGAUUGGAAGUGGUCGAGCACCUUUUGUAGCAAUUAGAGCUGAUAUGGAUGCUCUCCCUAUUCAGGAAGCGGUGGAUUGGGAGCACAAAAGCAAGGUUGAGGGGAAAAUGCAUGCAUGUGGCCACGACGCCCAUGUGGCCAUGCUACUCGGCGCUGCCAAAAUCUUGAAGACCAGAGAACAUCUUUUGAAGGGGACGGUGGUGUUGCUGUUUCAACCGGCGGAGGAAGCUGGGAACGGGGCAAAGAGGAUGAUAGCAGAUGGGGCUCUCGAUGACGUGGAGGCCAUUUUUGCAGUCCACGUGUCUCACGAGCAUCCGACUGGCAUAAUCGGGUCAAGACCCGGUCCUCUACUAGCAGGGUGCGGGUUCUUUAGGGCGGUGAUAAGCGGGAAAAGAGGUGGUGCCCAUGCGCCCCACCAGUCCGUCGAUCCUCUCUUGGCCGCCUCAGCGGCUGUCAUGAGCUUGCAAGGAAUUGUUUCCCGAGAAGCUAAUCCGUUGGACUCGCAGGUAGUAUCUGUGACGUCAUUCAAUGGAGGCAAUGAUCUGGACAUGAUACCCGAUUCUGUGGUCCUCGGUGGCACCUUCAGGGCAUUCUCCAACUCAAGCUUCUACCAGCUUCUACGAAGAACUGAGGAGGUGAUUGUGGAGCAGGCCAGAGUCUUCAGAUGCUCUGCCACAGUCGACUUCUUCGAGAAGGAGUACACCAUAUAUCCCCCCACGGUGAACGACGAGAAGAUGUACCAGCACGUGCAGAAGGUGGCUACUGAUCUGCUGGGCCCGCACAACUUCCGGGUGGUCCCGCCAAUGAUGGGGGCGGAGGACUUCUCGUUCUACUCCGAGGUGGUCCCUGCAGCCUUCUUCUACAUCGGGAUAAGGAACGAGACGCUUGGGUCGACCCACACAGGCCACUCGCCCUACUUCAUGAUCGACGAGGAUGUUCUUCCAGUCGGAGCUGCUGCCCAUGCGGCAAUCGCCGAGAGAUACCUAAUCGAGCACGGUUGACGAGUUAGUUCUAGGGGCUAAUUAGUCAUUCUAAGGUUUUCGGUUUUCCACUUCGUGCAGUGACUAAUACUUGGGAUUCAACCUGAUGCAAUUGAUCAAUUCGUGCAACUCUUGUGUAAAAUUAGGGAGGGAAUAGAUCCUUUUGUAAAUGUCACGCUGUGAUACAUCCUGCAUUAUUUAAUGACUUAAGCCCCCUUAGGAACAAUCACGAGAA